GUCCAAGAGGUCACUGAGAGAUCACAGCGCCUCCCAGCGUCCGGAGGCCGGAAGUUCCUCAUAUACCGCCAUCUCUCCGGGACCUGGAGCUGGACUCCCCAAAUUCUCAGUGUGUCCCAGAUGCCUGUGGCUGAGGGGAGGAGUGUCCAGCAGACGGUGGAGCUCCUCACCAGGAAAUUGGAGAUGCUUGGGGCAGAGAAACAAGGAACAUUUUGUGUCGACUGUGAGACUUACCACACAGCUGCUUCCACCCUCGGUGGCCAAGGCCAGGCUGGGAAGCUGAUGUACGUGAUGCACAACUCUGAGUACCCGCUGAGCUGCUUCGCUCUCUUUGAGAGCGGCCCUUGUCUGGUUGCUGACACCAACUUCGACGUGCUCAUGGUGAAGCUCAAGGGCUUCUUCCAGAGUGCUAAGGCCAGCAAGAUCGAGACCCGGGGCACUCGCUACCAGUACUGUGACUUCCUGGUGAAGGUGGGCACGGUCACAAUGGGGCCCAGUGCCCGUGGCAUCUCUGUGGAGGUGGAGUAUGGCCCUUGUGUGGUGGCUAGUGACUGCUGGAGCCUCCUGCUUGAGUUCCUACAGAGUUUCCUAGGUAGCCACACACCAGGGGCCCCCACAGUAUUUGGGAACAGACACGAUGCUGUGUAUGGGCCAGCAGAUACCAUGAUACAGUACAUGGAACUCUUCAACAAGAUUCGCAAACAGCAGCAAGUGCCAGUGGCUGGCAUCCGUUAGUGACUGGCAGCUGCCCACCUGCUGAGCUGUCACCAGGGUACUGCCCAGGAGGAGCAGGUGCUGUACUCGGGGUGCUGGGGCUCUGGACUCCCCUCCUGACCCAUUUCAGCUGUUUUUACUUCAUGCCUUAAAUGGAUUUGGCUUGUCCUCAAGAAUGAUAAUUGUGAAGAACGGAGAAGGUUGGGCCUUUCCUGCUGUAGGGUAUCAGCAGGACAGGGUUGUCCCUGCCAGCACUGAAGGUGAAGACUGUGUGUGACCCCAGCUCCGGAGGAUUUGGUAUAGGCCACAGUGGCCACACUCUGCUGUAUGUGGCUGUACAACACUGGGGGAGCCCCCUUUGCCUGAGGACGUGGCUGACCUCUCCUGAUGGUUGGGUGGCAUAACUGGACUGCUCUCGCUUUCGGGCUGUGGGCCAUAGUGAUGGGGAGCAGAGCUGAGUCUGCUCGAGUGUUGCUGUCAUUCUUUGAACUCGAUGGUUUCCGUUUUGAAGUGUGUGAACCCAUAGGCUAGGCUGCUACAGCAGAGCCAGAGCAUGGGCUCUUACUGCACAUUUUAUUUUUUCUUACCUAAUAUAAUAAUAGUUCAGAGGCAGCCAGUUCCCCAGGGCAGAAUUAACUGUAGGGUUAGCACGAACUAGGCUUCUUACAUCUUAUUGUUCGGUCACCCCAGUAAUGUUUUCCUUGCCACAGGAUCUCAGCGCACUCUUUAGCUCCAUAUUCACAGUCCACUGAGGGAAGAGGGAGAGAAGGGAGGUUUCCUGCCAGGGAUGCUCAAAUCACUGCGGACACACUUGCCGCCCGACACAGACUGGCUUUGUUGAGGACCUCCUGCACUGUGCUUCACGAGUUGUCUUCUUGUUGAACUUGAGCAUUGAAGUUACUCAUUGACACCAUUGCUACCUACCUCACCCCUGCCACAGAAUCAGUUAAGCAGGCUAACAUUUGAGAUACACAUAGAUAGGCUUGGGAAAUGGUUACUAUACAAAGUGUAGGGUGUCACCAAGCUAAGCAGACUCCCGAGCACGUUUUACAUAAAGCAGCUGCGAGGUGCUGCUCCUACUUCCUAGCUUUGGCUUUAGGAUCUGUCAUCCACAUUGUUCACUGUUACUUUCCCUUGCCUUUGUUGUUAAUGUUGGUUUAUUUUGUUUCUGCACUUUAAAAAUUGAGGUAUGUUUUAGGUAUCACAAUAAAAUGUACAAAUACUA